UCGUCUGUUUUCUUCAAUGAGUCAUUAUCAUUCUUCUUGGCGUAAUUCUUGGCUAAAUCGUGAACUGAAAAAACUCAUAUUUACAGGGUGCAAAAUAUGAUCUUUAUUAAGAAACAUAAAUAUAUACGAUUGUGAUGAUUUUCCAUUCUAAUUUAUUUUUUUAUAAACUAUAGAAUGGGUGUUUGUAUGACCCGGUGUUACACAGAAUUUCGCCGCCUUAGUUGCUGGCAAGGUAAAUCUGGCUUGGAAGACAGAGACAGGUUGAUAGAUUUUGACAUGUUCCUUGAUGAGCAACCUGCAUCACGACCUCUCAGUAUGGUUUCACUUGAAAAAGAGUUAAACACUAGUGAUGUCUCUUUACUGCAUGAAUCUGAAAGUGAAGAUUCAGAUAUUUUAUUUCAGUUGGGUGCUGAGAAUGAAGAAAUGGAACUGCAGGAAGAAGCAGCUGCUGAAGCUUGUCAAGAAGCUUUGAGGAUAAAAAAACUUGCAGAAAAUUCCACGGAAUUAAUUAAUCCAGCUAAACUUGCCUUAGAUAGUAAUGCCUUGCGAAAAGCUGAGAAAGACUAUUUAUAUAAGGAAGCAGAUGUCAGUGAGAAAGGUGCUUGUUCAAAUGGAAAGCCUUUGAAAGAACAGGCAAGCUGUAGCAGUCCGUCCUCUUCUGUUGAACUUGAAUGGGAAAAUGAAGAUGGUUUGUCUCCUGUAACUCAUAUACCUGGACCUGACGACAUAUCAUCUGAUACAGCUAGUUGUUUAUCCCAGCUGUCAACUCCAGUUUCAAAUGGGAAUGAAGAACUAGAAUGGGAUGGCCAUUUUACAAGGUUUUUUUUUUUUUUUUUUUUUUUUUUUUUAAUUUUUUAAUGGAAAAGUUAUUUUGUCAAAUGCAAAAUUCUGUUAUGUUGAAUUGUUUUUGUGAAGUAAUUUGAGAAAUUUUAUGAUUAUUUGAGGCAUUGUUUUUGUUGUCUAAUGAGCAUUAUUCGGGUGCUAAUUUCAACUCUCUGUAAAAAUAAGCAAAUAAAACCGAGAAGAAUUUCAAUGUUUACAUCCAUUAAAUCAAAUACAUUUUUUUAUUUUGUGGGAAAUGUAAACUUUUUAAUUAAAUUUGUCAUG